AAGACGGGUGCGUUGUGUUAGACGCAACAGAGGAAGGUGGCGGAGGAAGGGAAAGGGUCUGGUGCCCCACAAGUGCCGGGGAUGGGUAUGAGACUGCAAAAAGGCUGCAAAGUUCCGCGUGGCACCAUAGCACCCCAGACUGUGAGGAAAUUACUGGAGCAAAAACGACAACAGCAGACGGCCCGUGGCCAUAGCACUGGACCCUUGAUCCCCCCAAGAGCUCCUGAAAGCAACAAGGCAGUUGAGUCCCGGUUCCCAGAGCCCCCUGGAGCCACCGAGGGAAGAGGACCCACUCCGGGACAGACAGCUGCUCCCGAAUACCCAGUUCCUGCCUUUCCCAGCUGGCAGCCGGACACCUCAAGCCAAGCAGCCUUCCCCACUGACUGUCACUACCAUCCCGUAGACCCCACCAAGAAUUACCUCCUCCCAUCUCCGGGGCCCCAGUAUAAUGUGAGGAGCCCCUUUCCUCCUGUAGAAACUAGUGUCUAUGGGCCAGCAGGGCCUGGUCCCUCAGAAGCAGUGUAUGGUUCCAAGGUGGCGUCAACAGUGGAUUACGAGAAGGCAAUCAACGAAACUGGGGCCUUGAACCUCUUUCCCACCCCUGGGGGUGCCUGUCUGGAGCAACAGCUGAACCUCCCCAGCCUCCUUCCCCCUGAGAAUUACCCACUUGCAUCCAUGGAGAUGGAUCCAGUUGAAUUGGCCCAAGCUCGAGAGCAGAUCCAGCAGAUGGGGCUGCCUCUUCUGCUACAGCAAGAUGAGGAUGGAGACAUGUUCCUGCACCUGUAUGUGGCCCAAGGACUCCGCCCACUGGCUUACGCUGCUGCUGAGUUGCUCCGGAACUGGAGUGGCCAGCUGGACAUCAAAGAGCACAGGGGAAAAACUCCACUGCUAGUAGCAGCUGCAGCAAAUGAGCCCGAGAUCAUGAAGGACCUGAUCAUGCUGGGAGCAGACGUCGACGCUGUAGACCAAAAGGGCCAGACUGUCUUGCACCUUGGUGCCACCUAUGGGCUGCCCAGCGUUAUUGAGGCUGUCAUGAUGAUUGGUGUCCCCAUCAAUGUGGAGGCCAGAAAUUUUGAAGGUUUCACCCCCUUGCAUUGUGCUGUCAUAGCUCACAACGCCGCCUUCCGGGCCCAAAGUAUGGAACCAUUGUCUCAGCAACACCUCCAGGACUACUUGCUCUGUAUUCAACUGCUCCUGCAACUUGGGGCCGACUACAAAAGCCAGGAUCUGAAGAGCAGCAAAACCAUCCUGCACUUGGCCGUCCAAGCUGCAAACCUGCCUUUGAUCCAAUUCCUUCUCCAGCUGCCCAGGGGAGAACUCCAGAACUUUGUCAAUAUGAAGGCCCAUGGGAACACCGCCCUGCACAUGGCUGCUGGUCUUCAUGACCAUCCCUUUCAGGAGCAGAUUGUGCACCUGCUGCUACAUCAUUGGGCCAAUCCUAGUGCCCGGAACCUGGAGAAUGAGCAGCCGGUUCACUUGUUGGCUCCGGGACCAGCAACAGAGCAGCUCCGCCUGUUGCUAAGAAGCCGCCGUGUGGGCCCUGGACCAGCCCACCUCCCUUUGUUUCCCUGAUGGCCUUCUGUCACGUUACACUCCUGGACAGGGAUCAGCGAGCCUCCAUCUCUUUUUCUACCACCCAGGAAGUGAAGACGUGUCAAUGUUUUGUGUGCUUCUUUAUUUUAUUUUACAGGGAAACAUUGCCUUGCAUUGCCAGUAUUUAACUAACUUAUUGGAGAGGGAGGGUCAUCUGCCUGGCUUCCUUGCUGAUGUUAGCCAAAAUUCUGCCCCCAGUGGCGGCACCCGAUUCUGUCCCUGAUGUGGAGACGACCCUCUGCAGUCCUGCUGCACUGGUGGUGUGGAGGGCUCUGGUUGUAACCAAUGCUAACCCUACUCAGAGUAGAUCUAUUUGAAUCAAUGAACAUUAAUUCAGUUAGGUCCAUUAAUUUCAAUGGAAUUAGGUCCAUUAAUUUGUGUGGUCUAUUCUGAGUGACACUUAGUUGGAUAUAACCCUCUGCCUUCCCUGCCAUUACCAUCUUUCAGCCUCAGGCUGGUGGGUGAGCAGGAAACAAAUACCAUCUCUCACCACUACACAGAACUGCCUGGGUCAUCUUCAUCAGCAAGGAUACAGUUUAGGAUUUGAUGGUGAGUUCUGGCUCCCAGCUGCCUCCCCCCUCCCCGAGUUCUAAGUGGUCCUAUCAGCACUCUUGCAUGCAGGAAGUGGGGGGCAGCAGCUGCCAGGCUCAUCCCCUCUCCUCCCCAUCCGCUUACCUGCCACACAUAUCAUUUCUGUGAAAUGAACUGGAUUUUUAUUAUUAUUAUUAUUUGAACCAUAUUGGUUUGCAGCAAAAUUUGGAUCGUAUAGCACAGGGCUGGCCUUGGCUGAGGAAUUACGUUGGAGAAACUGCGUUGCUCUUUAGACCAGCCCCAGUGUGAUCCACCCCUUGAUGCUAGAUUUCAAACCUAAGAGGGUUCCUGUAACUUUAUUUUUAACAGAACUGUGCAGAAGGGGGAAGAAAUCCCACCAGGUGGAAUUUCUGGUAACUGCAGCCAUGGAGUUGUCUUCUAAGCUGCUGAAAUUCUCCCUUCAGUGCAAAUCUUAGGACACGGGUGGCUACCUGGUGAUACCCAGACACUGCUGAGCAACAACUUCCAUUAGCCCCAGCCAGCCUGGCCAGAGAUCAGGGAUGAUGGGAGUUGUUGGUCAGUAACACCUGGAGGACCAUCGCUUCCUAACCCCUGUCUUAGGGUACAUCUCCAACCUACAAAUAUAACUGGCUUAAUUGUCAUUCCCUCUCCUCAGGGAAACCCUUGGAACUGUAACUCCUUGAAGCAUGGCUCUGGGCUCUCAGAACAGAAGCCUCUGACCCUUCCCACAAAUGACAAUUCCCAGGUUUCUUUGCAGUGAGGCAGGUGCCAUGACACUUAAAGCGGAUAUUAAACAACACUGUGGUGGAGAGAUGCCCUUUAUAGGUUAGAGGAACCCUCUCAGGAGUUGACAUUGGCAGUGCUUUUUAUUGUGCCCCAAAAUAACCUGGGGCAAAUAAAUAAUAUGCACAGUUUCAGUGCUGCCCUCUGAUGCUUGGAAUCUGUCUGGAGGCCCUCAAGCAAGAGCAGGGCUUUGGCAUUCGAAGCUGGGGGGGAUAAACACUGUGUGUUUUUCUCAGUUUAGGCUCCGGCCUGUGACACACCCUCUCACAGCAUCUGUGUCCAGAAACCUGUAGCCAGGUCCCUGGCUGAAUUUAGAGCCCAGCGUGGCGCUCUCUCCAUCUCUGUCUUGCCGCCAAGACAGCAGUCAUGCCCUUCUCUCACCAUGACUUCCUUCCACGCAAGGAAGCUGUAUUCCCACAAAGUGGGACCAUUAACCCCCUCCCCUUUUGGUCCUAUCCACCCUAACACCACCACCACCAUGAAAUUUCUUAAAGUCUCAUCUUGGACUUGGUGGAAUCCAACAUAGUGCUAAUGAGUUACGUCAGCACAAGGAUUUCUGCUCGUGCAAUGCAAUCCACCCCUCC